AUGCCAGACAAGCGAAGCCCAGUGAACCUGGCUCUGCUGUGUCUGAUGGUGCUGACCCGGGACAGGGACGACUUUGCCAACCUGGACGAGAUGCUUCCGCCCAAGGCCAUGCAAGAGCACUACACCAUCGCCCUCAACUCGCUCCUCCUGCAGCUCACCCCCGCGAGUACCCUUCAGGGAGUUGGCAUCCAAGCUGUCGUGUCCGAUGAGGGCAUUGUCCGGGCUUCCGUGCCCCCAAAACUGGAUCUCAGAGAGCUGCCGCCGGACCAGAUGUCCAAGAGCUCUUUCAAGACCUAA